UCGUGAAUCGAGCCUUUAGUCACCCGUUGUUUUACUUGGUUUGGUUAGUUGCUUCGAAUUCCGAAUGGAGUUCCAAAAAAAAAAUUUAAAACAUGGCUUAGGCAAUUGUGAAUCUGCGUUUUUCGAUGAUUUGCCUUUGAUGAUAGUUACUUCUUCUCCGAUUGAAGGGAAUAGAGCUGACAAAAAAAGCUCAAAACCUGCCAAAAAUCAACCCUGUGAAGAUAACCAUACGUGGUCCAAAUUAUUUGCAACAUAUCAAACUACAUCUGUGAAAGAUAAGCAGAUGGAUAAAAAUGGUUAUAUAUCCUUGGAGGAAUCAACCACAACAGAAAAUAUGUCUUCUUCAUCUUAUCAAACCAUUGCAGAGCAGAAAACUAAGAUUCUCUUAACUCCUGGAAAAAGAUUCCAGGUUGUUUCAAGCAGUUCUAGGAAAAUACAUCUCAGAAACCCAACACCCAAAAAAUCCAGUUUAUAUUUGGCAGCCAGUCAUCAAUGUGGUCACAAUUCUGAAAGUGAAGAAGAGGAUCAGGAGGAAAGCCUUCAAACUAUAAAAAAUAGGCUGAAGAAUGUUGACAGUUUGUCGGUUAAAGACAUAGAGAGAUAUGAAAGAAUUCUACAAAAAUUUGUGGACACAAACAAUAUGAGCAAAGAUGUUGGUGUCAAAACAUUUUCAUUAGAAGAUUCAGAUUUAAUGCAUUUUAUCGAAAAAAAUAUUGGCCAAUGCAAUUUGUCGCCUAGAACAGUUCGAAUGCUGGGAAGGCAAAGCCAAGAACAGGAAAAACGGUUGAUUGGUUUAGCAGUCGCCAAGAGAAAAUCCGCAAAUGAAAUCCAAAAAAGGAUUAACAGACAGUUUUUGGAAACAAAACAACAGAUUAAAAGCCGAGAGGAGCUUGAACUGAAAUUGGUUAAAGCUGCUGGUCUGCGUCAAAAAGCCACCACCACUUCGACAUUAUUCAACCAAGCACAUGUUGCCCAUCACCGGCAGUUCGUUAGCGAAAAUCGUCAAAAGGACAAUCUUUUGCGACUUCAAAAGCAAAUCCAAAGCGAAAUUCUAAAAAAUAAUACCCAGAGCAACAAGAUUGUUAAAGGGAUUUGGAAAACAUUUUUACAUGAACAAUAUAAUGAGCUGCGUAAGGAGGUGAGAGAAAGGCAUCUUCAAAAUGCUGCGAUCCUUAAAGAAUCGGAAACAAAUCUUCGGCGUCUAAAAAAUAACUAUGAGGAGAAGUUAAAGGAAUUAAAAGAUGUAGUUGCAACUACGGCUGACGAAGCUGGAAUAGAGAAGAAAGAAGUGAACCGAGAACUUGAACGUCUUCAACGGAAAAUGCGACACCAGUUUGAAGCGGAGUUCCAAACGCUGUUGGGUAAUAUUGAGACAAAAGGAGACCACAAACGACUUAUCAGGGAAGAAAAGGCAUCUCAACUAAAAAAACAGCUUCUGAAGGGAGAUUAUGUGUUUGAAGUGUAA